AUGGAUAAAACAACCAAAUUGAGAGUUGGACAGCAGAAUUUACAUCAUGAUCAUAACGCGACAAUCCGCUGCGUGACUGAGGCAAUUGAUAAUGGCAUAGACCUUUUACUUCUUCAAGACCCUUAUACGCAUAAGGUCGGUGGAGAAUACAUACUACCUGUAUCGUCCUCUGGAUAUUCCUUAGUGGCUGACCAAGCAGAGCCAUUUCAGGCCUGCGUCGUGGUGAUAAGCAAGAAAAUUGAGACUUUAAAACUCACCCAAUUUAAUAACAACGGCAACGGCGAUAAAGAGCCCCAAGAGCAACAACUGCCAGAGCAACUUCUUGCUAGAAAGUUGCAAGUUGAAGUACCCGAAGUCGAAGUGGAUUCCCUACCAGGUCCAUCGAAACCUCCAAGUACUUCAUGUAUGUCUCAGAAACAAUUUCAUUCUCAUGAAGAGCCUCAAGGGCAACUUCAUGUUGAAAAGUUGCAAGUAUCUGAAGUGGAUUCUCUACCAGGUCCAUCAAAAGCACCAAAUACUUUAUGUAUUUCUUCGAGUAAAUCUUAUUCUCAUGAUGUUUCACCAGUUGGCAGUAAUGUGGCAGUUUCUGAUCAUAAGAUUAUCAGCACAUGUGGAAGAAAUGAUGACAAUGUUUCAAUUACUCAAGGCGUUAUUAAAAAAGGACACGCUAGAGUGCAGAAUAAACUUAACUCAAUAAGAGGCCUAGUGGCAAAAACCAUGAUUGGUGCUUUUGUAACAACAUCAACAGAGGCUGUCUCUGUUCUGGCAAAUAUCCCGCCCAUAGACCUUAUAAUCAUGGAGACACUAGACGUCAAAAAAUACAAGGCGGGUCUGAACAUCGACCAGGAAGACUUUGUUUUUGAAGCGCAACCUAGGCUCGGUAAGAAAAGGUUAAAGGAGAAACUCGAAGAGAGAACACUCUUGAGAUGGCAAAGGAUCUGGGACGAGUCCGACAAAGGAAGAGUCACUAAAAGAAUGUUCCCUACUGUGAUCGAGAGACAGACUUGCCACAUUAAAUUCAACAAGAAGGUUACCCAGAUGCUUACUGGACACGGGCAACUAAUGGUGCAUUAUAAAAGAAUUGGACAGUCGAUGGUGAACACUUGCAACUUCUGCGACAUGAAUGAGGCUGAAGACCAGUUACAUAGGCUAUACAGCUGUCCCGAACACACUGAGGCACGCAGAAGGAUAUUGGACCUAAUGGAUGUUGGAUAUAACAAUUGGCUUCUAAUGGAGAAUAAUAUGGCUCCGGUGUUCCAGGGCAACUUGGACAAUGUGGAACCUGCGCUGCUGCUAAAAUACUUGAUUGCUGAGGACGCUUUAGAUCUGCUUGGGAACAUGGUUACCGCCGAAUUGCGCGUCGCUCCGCGCUGA